AUGGGCACUUCUGUAGCCAAGAAUGAUGAAAAAAGAUCUGUUUCUGAUUGUCUUGACAGCGAUUCGCAACUUAAUAAUCCAUGCAAUGAUAUCUCCCAUGAAAUAAAAUACUAUCAAAUUUACGAAACAGAAUUUUUUGGCUACCUAAAGAUGAGGCAGAGAAUGCCAAAUCUCUCAUAUAUAUCAAAUGUAACACGCGCUACUAUGAUGGACUUGUUCGUCAGAGGCGAGGGUCCGAGAGGAAAUGCCGUAACAGUGCAAACGGCAGCAUGGUACUUCGAUACUUUUGUUGAAAAUGCCGCAGUUGGGCCAGAUCGGGUCAAGUUGGUUGCUGCCGCUUGUUAUUGGAUAGCGACGAAAUUACACGGCAGUUCCAAAAGAGCGACUGAUUUAGUCAGCAGCCCUGAGAAGGUUCUAGAUUUACAAACCUUGGAGAGAUUUAUAUUGAAAUUUUUGAACUUUCCAAGGCAGCCAGUAGUGGCCCAGUAUUUUAUUACCUAUUGGUCGAUGGUCGUAUGUGAUCCGUCUAAUUGUAAGGAGUUUGAGGCAGCAGCCACGUUCAUCCACACGGCAGGACUUGUAAAGUCGAAGGUCCUGAGUAUGAACUAUCCUUCGGUUCUGGCAGCCGCUGCUAUGUGCACAGCCUUAAACAUGCUCGACGAGUUUGAGAUUCUGAAGAGACUCGGCAAAAAUACAAUGUAA